CCCGCUCAUAUUAACCGAAAUAACCGAAGCAUAGCAGCACACCAACACAUAUCAGCACCAGAAAAGUUUUUAAGAUGCCAACCAUAUUGUCAUCUUCAACAGAAAUAAAGAACAUGAACAAGGACGAUAAACCAGUCAAUCCCAUGAGACUAGCCAAGUGGCGGUUUUGUCGCCCGUUGACAGACAAACUGAACCCUAAUGAGUCCCUGCUGUGGUCCCAGUCACUGGAAAACCUCCUUAGAUCCAAAUACGGCAUGGCAACAUUCCACACCUUCCUCAAAUCUGAGUUCAGCGAUGAGAACAUUGAAUUUUGGCUGGUUUGCGAAGACUUCAAAAAAAUCAGAAGUUCGUCCAGACUGUGCUCAAGGGCCAAGAAGAUAUUUGAGCAUUACAUCCAGGCAGAAGCUCCCAAAGAGAUAAACAUCGACCAUGUCACCAGAGAUCUUAUCAAGCAGAACGUCCAAGCUCCCACUAGAGUGUGUUUCGAUGAAGCUCAGAGGAUUGUCUACGGUCUUAUGGAGAGGGAUUCCUAUCCCAGGUUUCUUCGCUCGGACAUAUACAGAUCGCUUCUGGAAUCAGUCUCACAUAGGAUUAAGGUCUGAGAACAUCUUGAAUGAGGGACUUUAGGACUCCAAACGUAUCUGUGGGACUGUUGGUGCAAUGGGCAAGAUGGCCGUGGAGCAAUCAGGCUUUGAUGAGAUGCAGGCCUGGAUUUGGGUUGCACUGGACAUUGUGAUCCACAUAAAAGCUUGAAUAAGCUAUUGUUGAUAUGUACUGUAUUACACUGUCCGAUUGUUCUGCGCGGCUGUGGGAUACACAAAGACUGAUGAGCUUUCUGUACAGCUCACCUGUGAUGAACCACUGAAAAUGUGCUGCAACCACAGGAACAUAUGGACCUUAUUUAACUAUAUUACUUUGAAGCGUGUGAAAUCUGAUUAGCAUGAGAUGCCUUGGGAAUAAUACUAAUGACAUUUUUAAAAAACUAAGUCUUUAAUAUUAACUUAAAAUGAGCAACAACUAUUUUGUGUGACAUGAAAUGAUCUGUAAACAUGCAAUGUAAAAAUCCCCCCGUUUUUGUGUCCUGUGGGGAACCUAUGGGAUAUUCUCACAGUUACACAGCUAGCAAUUUCAGUUAUUCAGGAGGUCAGUGAGUAAAAAUGUGUGGCUUGUUUUCCAUGGAUACAUCAAAUUACCACUGAUUUCUGAAUGACAAAAUAUAUUUGUGAGGGACUUAGAAAACAUGUGACACAUGUGAAUUCCAGGUUGUCUGAAUGUUCAUUUUUAAAAGCCGUUUAAUAACUUAAUAAACACAACUGCAAAGAGGAAGUCAUUUCUUUUUGUUGUUGUAUGGGGAGGCCUAAAGAUGCAUUUGGAAGCCAAGAUUAAAGGUGCGACUGUCACUGCAUUAGAUAAAGAACUUAUCGAACCAAGUGACAUUUCUUUUAAAGGAAGGAACACUUCUGCAGCAAAACUAUUUAACAAAAUACUGUAUGUUAAGUUUGAAAUGAUGUUUGAAUGACAAUUGAUAUUCUGCUCAAUGCAAAAAAUUCAGGUUGUCUGGAUGUUAAUUUUAAAGAGGCAUUUAAUAACUUAAUAAAUAAAAAUGCAAAAGGAAAGUAA